CUCCCUUGUUCAUUGCGUGUUCGUGUCUUAUGUAAAAUAGUCGGUUAGUUAAGGUAACCAACAUAUUUCAUGGGUAGGUAGGCCACCCAAGUAAACGAGUAAAUGGGCUAGUAGAUAUGACAACCGGGAUGGGCCUGAACCUUGACUAUUGAACUUGACCAUACUUGAGCUGGUUCAGAAUGCAUUUGUUUCCUGAUAUAAAUUCACCUGGAUAUUGAAGAUGUUUUAUAUGUCGACCGGUCCUUGCUAAAUGCUGCAUCCAAGAUAAUACCAUGCCAACAUUAACCAAUGGAAGCAUGAGUCCAACCAGCAGUUGUUUUCUAACAACAUCUUUUACCCCGCACUGCUUACAUCCUGAAUUUCAAAGUUGUUCUCCAAAAACCUUGGGCUCUAUUCCUUGAUCUUCUGUAUCAUACUUUGAUGGCCAUGUACGAAUCCAUAGAUUCCAGCGAUCGGCUAGUGCGCAUCAAACAAAAGUUCUUUAUCCGUUUUCAUUCUCUAGCACUCCAUCUGGUGCAGCUUACCCCGGAUCUGCUGCUGCUUCUGAUUCAGAUCAGUACAUUUGCGCUUCUUGCAUAUGUCACGGUCGGCUUAACCAUACCUGCGGCGACAUCUCUUACCUACUACAUCAAGGUUUUCUUAGUUGCGAUAUGCGCGAUUGUUUUGUCUCGAGCUAUCGUUACUCUCUUCCCAACGGAACCUUCUCUCCAGAGAUGGGCAAACAACCGACUUCUAGAGACUAUGGAAAAACUUAUUGAUAGCCAAAACCAGACGAUUAGAAUCGCUGUCGACAAAGAAACCAACACGGUUCGGGAACAAUAUGAGAGAGACUUCGCGAGGUUAGGGGAGGAGUUUUCAAUGCAUCAAGAAGAGGCCAGAAGACUCAAGACGACCGAUAAUAACACGAGGAAUAAAAUCCAAGAGCACACCAAAGAAGCCGACGCACUCCGGAAACGAGCUCAGCGAUGUGAAAAAGACUUCGCGAAGUUAAAGGAGAAGCUUCAAGAACAGGUCUUGAGGAAGAUGUACGCGCCAAAGACGAUGAGAUCAUGAUCAUUAAAAGAGAUUUAGAUGUUGUUCCUAGAAACAUGGCAGGUAUAAUC